GACUUGUGAAAUUGUGAGUUGGAAGAGGAAGCAGCUAAAGUAUUUCUGUAGAAGUUGCUGGUAACAAGGCUUGUGGAAGCUUUUGCUUUUUUUACUUUUCUCCUUCAAAACAGAUUUCAAAAGUAUUUUUGUGAUCCUGGGCCGCUGAAGGGAUGCUGUGAGCUUCAGGUGUGUCCAGAGCGGGGAACGUUUCCUAGAUGUUAAGGUAUUUGCAGCUCCGUGGAAAGGUAACAGCGGAUUUGCUGCCCGAGUGCUGAGGAUGUGAAAUACUGGAAGAGGUUUGUACACUGGACAGUCACUGGAACGACUGAGCACCAGACACUGAGGACAAAUCCAACAGGAGGUCAUCGAUGCCCAUGGUCCUUUCUGCAGCUCAAGCCAGGGUGGGAGCAUCUUUAGCAUCUCACCAUGCCAAAUGAGAGCCUGGAGCUGAGCAGCCUGGAUAGCCUGGAUGCGAUUUAUAUCAGUACCGAGUGCCUGAUCGCUUUGUUCGCCACUUUGGGUAACAUCCUGGUCAUCUGGGUGGUGAAGCUGAACUUGACCUUUCAGAACACGACUCUGUACUUCAUCGUUUCCCUGGCGCUGGCCGAUAUCGCGGUGGGGAUCCUCGUCAUCCCGCUGGCCGUCGUGGUGAGCCUGGGCAUCCGCAUCCACUUCCACGCCUGCCUCUUCAUGUGCUGCCUGAUGGUAGUUUUCACCACCGCGUCCAUCCUCUCCCUCCUGGCCAUCGCCAUCGACAGGUACCUGCGAGUGAAGCUGCCGACCAGAUAUAAAAUAAUCACUACGGAGAGAAGAGUUUGGUGGGGACUGGGUUUGUGCUGGUCUGUGUCCCUGCUGGUGGGAUUAAUCCCCAUGUUUGGAUGGAACAAGACGGAACCAAGAAACUCCGAUUCUCUCAGGUGUCGAUUCACCUCUGUGAUGAGGAUGGAUUACAUGGUGUAUUUCGGCUUCUUCAUAUGGACCCUUGUCCCUCUGGUCAUCAUGUGUGCUCUGUACAUCCAAAUCUUUUACAUCAUCCGGACAAAGCUAAGUCAAGGUACAGCCAAUGUGAGAGGGGCAGGAGGUUUUUAUGGACAGGAGUUCAAGACGGCCAAAUCUCUGGCUCUUGUUCUCUUCCUCUUUGCAAUAUCCUGGUUGCCUCUCUGCAUUCUAAACUGCAUUUCUUAUUUUUAUCCCAAGUGUCAGAUCCCCAACUAUUUGAUGUACUUGGCAAUCCUGUUAUCCCAUGUCAAUUCUGUCAUGAACCCCAUUGUCUAUGCUUGCAAGAUAAAGAAGUUUAAAAACACAUACCUUUUAAUUUUAAGGACCUACAUCCUGUGCAAAAAACCAGAUCCAGUUCUUACAGAGCAAACAAACCAAGUCACCAUUAAAGAGCAAUUGUGUUGACCUGCCAGUAUACAUCAAACCAUUGAUAAACCGCUUUGCUUUGUUAAGAAACUCAUGGGAAAAAUGUGUUUUCUGUUUUAUCUACUGCUCUUACACAAACUGUUUUCUGAUAAGGGCAACCUCCUUUUACUUAAUCUGAUGCACAUUUGACAUUAAGCCCAAGAGGAUCAUUUAUGACCUUCUGCAGUAUCGUACCCCAGAGAAUUCUGCUUGGCGGUUGCUGUGCCAAGCCCAGAUCUUCCAGGCAAAGCAUCUGCACUUCAUAGGACCCUCCAGUUGUUAUUUAUUGGCUUCAGUGUUUUGACCAGCGACCCAAAGCACGAUUAUCAAGGCAGAUUUUUGCUCCUAGUUCCCCAGCUUGGAUGCAGCUGCUAAAAACCAGUACCUGUUCAUUUCUAGUUUUAACUCAAGACUAACAAGUCUUUUUGCUGUAAUUCUGAUUUCCCUUUUUGCCCAGUUAUAGGCCCUUUGUUCACACACAGCUCCUCCAAGGACAGAACCAACCAUAACCAUCAAGGAUGCAUUUUCCUGAUUUGUUACUAAAACCCCAUCAAUUUAGGGGAUUCUUCCUGCACAGCCUAUUCCCAUGCUUGAUUCUCCCUACAAUCAUAAACUGUUUUUCUAACACCUGAUUUAAAUGUAAUUUGCUGCAAGUCCCCCCUGUAAACCCGAAGAACAGUUGCACUUUUUGUAGCAACCUGUUACAGAUCUGCAGACGACUCCAAAGGUUUAUGUAAAUACGUGUCUAUAGACAUCUUUGUUUUAAAUAGUUUCAAAAUAUAAAAGACAUACUUAGAAAUUUUGUCCAGUUUUGUUUGGGGUUGUGUCGUUUAGACUAAAUUUGAGUCUGGUCACCUCAUGCUGCAAUCAGCUCUGUCACAUUUUCAUGAAUAAUAAUAAAUAUUAAAUUGAUUUUAUAUUAA